AUGGCUUCUGCACCAACAACUCCAGGCGGUGGCCUCGACCGCUACGUGGUCAUCCACGUAGCUACCACAUGCGAUGAGCAUGGUGUCUAUGUGACAAAGGAUUCGGCAGAGGUUAUCGAGCUGGGCUGGAUCCUACUCGAUUCCAAGAACUGCGACGAGCUGCACCGUGAGAGCGUUCUCGUAAAGCCUGUCAACACUCCCAUCACCCCACUUUGCACCAGCCUUACAACCCUCACAUGGGAGCACGUUCGCAAUGCAGGCUCUUUCCGCGAUGCCAUCAACCGCUUCGACCAGUUCGCUCAAGAGCACCUCGUCAAGAACAACUCCGAGUUUGCCUUUGUCACUCUCGACUCCUGGGACCUCCGCGUUCAGCUGCCUCGCGAGGCUCGCGACAAGGCCGUUGUCCUCCCUCCCUACCUGCAGCACUCGCGCACUUUCGAUCUGCGCACCGAGUACCAGAGAUGGCAGGCACACCACCCCGAGUCGCUGCCCUUCGGCUCCAGCGCCCUGACCAACAUCUGUGCCGCCCUCGAGGUUGAGCCCGUCCAGUCUUCGGCUCCCAUCAAGCACAACCUGCCCUUCCACCUGCAGGCUCUGGCUCCCGCCUCGCCCCGUCGUGCCAUGGAGGAGGCUGUCACUCUUGCGAGAGUUCUCCGCGGUCUGAUCCGCAAGUCUCAACCCCCUCACGAGCAUCCUGAUGUUCUCACCCGUCCCAUGGACGCCCGCGCCGACGUGCGUGCUUUCCUGUCUGAGCGCAGCAAGGUCCUCCAUAUGAGCGGUCUCCCCCAUGACACUACCCAGUCUGAGCUCGAGAGCUGGUUCACCCAAUUCGGUGGUAGACCCAUCGCUUUCUGGACCCUCCGUACCCCUGACCAGCACAAGCCCACCGGCACUGGUUUCGCCAUCUUCUCCUCCCACGAAGAGGCCGCCGAGUCCCUCUGCAUGAACGGCCGUGCACUCAACGAGAAGGCCAUCGAGGUCUCGCCUUCCUCUUCGCGUGUUCUCGACCGCGCCGCCGACAUCCUGACUGCCUUCCCUCCCAGCAAGAACCGUCCCCGUCCCGGUGACUGGACCUGCCCUUCGUGCGGCUUCUCCAACUUCCAGCGCCGCACUGCCUGCUUCAGAUGCAGCUUCCCUGCCAUGUCGGCCGCUCCUGAUCCGAUGUACGGUUACGGUUACGGCCACCCUGGUAUGAUGGGUCCUCCUGGACACCACAUGGGUCACCACCACAUGGGCGGCGGUGGUGGUAUGCGCGGCGGUGGUUCCACCCACGUUCCUUUCCGUGCCGGAGACUGGAGAUGUGGCGCUGAGGGCUGCAACUACCACAACUUUGCUAAGAACGUCAGCUGUCUUCGUUGUGGUGCUUCGCGUGCAAGCGCUGCUUUGGUCGCCGAUUCCAACUUCCAGCAGGAUGGCUCCCAAGGCUUCGGAAUGGCUCCUCCAUCCAUGGCCGGCACUCCUGGACCCGCCCCUUAUGCUCCUCAGCAGGGUGGCUUCAACUCCGCCGGUAACUUCCCUGGUCAGAGCUACGGCGGUCCUCAAUCCACCUACGCUCUCCCCUCCGGUCUUGGUGCUGGAACUUCCCCCUACCCCGCUAUGAGCUCUGCCUACGGCCACAACGCUGGCAUGCACUCUGGUGGUUUCGACAGCCGUGCCGAGGCCGCCUUCUCUGCUGGACAGAACAACUCGUCCUUCUCCAACGGUGGCGGUAUGUACGCUGGUGAGCAGGCCACCCCUGACCCGUUCACCUUCCUGAGCAGUGGCCUCAGCGGCCUCAGCGUCUCCGACGAUGCUCGCCGCAACGGAGCAAACCCUUCCAAGUCUCCCGCAUAG